GCGUUUACUUUGAACCGUUCGCAUUUCUAAUUUCAACAUUUCCGACCCCUCUUUGUUUCUCACAACCCAGCAUCAGAAAAUUUAAGGUUUCAGAAACCAAAAAAAAAACCUACCAAAUCCCACUCCAGGUCACAGAUUUUUCUUAGAAUAAAUCCCAUUCCUUUUGCCAUUAUUGUUUCUAAAUUCUGAAUCUUUUUUGUUUUUUCAGACAAUCCCACAAUUUUCUCUGCAGGGAUGUUGGAGAUGUGUACUAGGAAGCUGGAGAGUUGUUUUGGAUUUGGCGGAGGAGAUGAGUUGUUGUGGCACAUGGAUUUGAAGCCACAUGCUUCAGGGGAUUACUCCAUAGCUGUGGUGCAAGCUAACUCAUCUCUGGAGGAUCAGGGGCAGGUCUUUACUUCUCCUUCAGCCACCUACAUCGGCGUCUACGACGGCCAUGGUGGACCUGAGGCUUCCCGUUUUAUCACCCAGCAUUUGUUCCAUUUUCUUCAUAAAUUUGCAUCGGAGCAAGGAGGGUUGUCGGCGGAUGUGAUAAGUAAGGCAUUCAGUGCAACAGAGGAGGAGUUCUUGCGCUUGGUGAAGCGAUUGUGGCCAUCUCGGCCGGAGAUUGCUUCUGUAGGUUCGUGUUGUCUUGUUGGGGCCAUCAGUAAUGAUGAUUUAUAUGUUGCAAACCUUGGGGACUCAAGGGCAGUGCUUGGCCGGAGAGUGGCCAGAAAUCAGAGUGAGACUCAGGUGGUGGCGGAGCGGUUGUCUACCGAUCAUAAUGUUGGCGUUGAGGAGGUGAGAAAGGAGGUUGAGGCACUCCAUCCUGAUGAUUCACACAUUGUGGUGUAUAGCCGCGGAGUUUGGAGGAUAAAGGGUAUAAUUCAGGUCUCAAGAUCAAUUGGAGACAUAUAUUUGAAGAAACCUGAAUUCAACAGGGAUCCUUUUUUCCAGCAGUUUGGUUCACCUGUUCCUUUAAGAAGGCCGGUGAUGACUGCAGAACCAUCCAUAUUGAUUAGGAAGCUGAAACCCCAUGACUUGUUUCUGAUAUUUGCAUCAGAUGGACUUUGGGAGCAAUUAAGUGAUCAAGCAGCAGUUGAGAUAGUUCUAAAAGGCCCCCGAGUUGGAAUAGCAAAACGAUUGGUGAGAGCCGCGCUUCAGGAGGCUGCAAGGAAAAGAGAAAUGCGAUAUGAUGACAUAAAGAAAAUUGAAAAGGGAGUAAGACGCCAUUUUCAUGAUGACAUCACUGUAAUCGUGAUAUAUCUAGACCAUCCUAUGGGUUCCACUAAUGGCAGAUUCAGAGAUAACAGCCUUGGUAACUGCACUAGUGCACCUGUUGAUAUCUUCUCUCUAAACGCCAGAGAGGCGGAUGGCGCACUUCCAAGUAUUCUUUGAACAAGACCGCAAGUUCACAGCAGGGUUUUCUUUUCUAGUAAAUAGAAAUUAGAAAUAAGUUACACACGGAUAGGUGCACCCUUCUCUAGAGCAUAAUAGUUUUUGGAAUAAUAUUCAGUUUAGGAAAUUGUACAUGGUUUUAUGAAUGAAGGAAUGCUGUAAAGUGCGAACUUCCCUGCUCGAAUAAAAUUCUUUCCGGGGAAAUGUGUCUGCACAAUCUUUUUUUUUUUAUAUAUAUAUAUAUUUUUUCUUUAUGAUAUUAAGUAUAGCGACAUUAUACGAUGUAACAAUCUGUUCUCUCUAUUUAUUGAUCCAAUAAUUACACUGAUACAGA